UUGAGUAGUGAAACAAUGGAUGAGGAUCGACUCAGCGAGUUACCCGACUCGUUAAUCCUCUCCAUUCUUUCGUUGUUGGCUACGAGAGAGGUGGUUAGGACAACAAUUCUCUCCAAACGAUGGAAGAAUCGAUGGACCACCGUCCCCUGCCUUCAUUUUCGCCUUCCUUUUUCCCGUGGUUUAUGGGUUGAAUCUUCAAAGUUUGUAUCUGGGGCUCUUGCACAAUGGAAAGGUGCCAACAUUCUAGACUUCACCUUAUUCCUCUCCGCUGAUAAUCGUUUGAUCCCAUCUACUGAUAUUGAUUCGUGGCUGCUUUUUGCGAUCGAAAAACAAGUGGAAAAGCUAACUUUUGGUUUCGCAGCUAAAUUACAUGGUGCAUUCUUCCUUCCACAGUCUUUGUAUUCAUGCUCAUCAAUUACAAAAUUAUCCCUGCACAAUUGUUCUUUCAAAAUCGAGAGGAAUGUGCAGUGGAAUAACCUCAAGAGUUUAAAAUUAGUGACUUGGGAUGGGUCGAGACUGUUGAGUGGUGAUGCCAUGAAUCAAAUUCUUGUGGGUGCUCCUCGCUUGAGAAAGUUGAUUUUGCGGUCUUUUGAAUUUACUGAAAACUUCAAUUUCCGAUCUAAUAGCUUGUUGAUUCUCCAAAUCAUCGAGUGUAAUUUAAAGGCUGAGGCAGAGCUGAGAAUUUGGGCUCCUAAUCUAUCGAGUUUAGUGAUUUCAGGUCUUGUUUGUGGGGGUUGUUUGCUGUAUGUCCCUUCUUUGAUUACUGCAACUCUUUCUUUUAAAGAUUUAAGUGGUGAAUUUGGAGAAAUUGAUCGUGAGGACAUGCCGCCUCUUGAAAUGUUCCAUCAAGUUUUUCGAAGCAUCCGCCAUGUUGAGUAUGUCUCGUUAGAAUAUUGGAGCAUUCAGUUUCUUGUUGAGAUGAAGGAGAACGACAUGCUCGUUCAAUUCCCGAAUGCUGAGUUUCUAAAACUAGAAUUUUAUAGCUACCGAGUGACUGAUAUUCUUGCUGUUCUUGGCAUGUUUCCUAAGCUGGAGAUGUUAAUUGUUCGUCAGUAUGAUUAUAUGUAUGAGUCGGUGGCGUCUGAGAUGGCUUCCCUUAGUCCAUCUCUGCUUCAUCUAGAGACAGUGGAGAUUUACAUACAUGACGAAGAAUUCUCAAUAUCUCCAUUGGUAGAAUAUGUGUUGGAAAACGCUGACGUGCUUGAAGAGAUGGUGCUUCAACCCUACAGAGGGAGAGAUGAUCAAGAGUCAUUUAUUUUGGAUUUGAAGAAGCUCCUGGGAAUGCGGAGAUCUUCCCCUUAUGCAAAGGUCAUUGUAAACGAGAAGUAAUUAAUUAUCGCCUUUCAUUUUGAACGAAGCUCGUGUUUUGAUUAGUGAUAUCCAUUUGAGCCAUUCCCAUUUAUUUAUCGACCUAUUUGGGUAUG